AUGCUCUAAUCUCCAAAAAAUGCAAUAUCGACUGCUAAAUUUUAAUAAAAAGUAAUGAACUUAGAAACAAACACUUCCUAAUUUGAUGCAACUUCUACUAUUAUUUAAUCAAUGUAUUUACAAAUAGAUGAAUUAAUUGAAACUAUUUAAAAAAGAAACCCAAAAUAACUACAGUAAUAGAAGACUGAACAAAAUAGAUAAAACUAUCAUAAUUAAUUAAAUAUCUUAAAAGCUGAUGAGGAAUCAACUAAUUUAUAGUAGUAUUAUUUGGCAAUUGAAUCUGAAGAAAUAUCUAAUGCUUUAUACUCUAAUCCAAAUGAUAUUUUACUCUAAUAAGCUUACAGGAAAAAGACUAUAUAAUCUCUUUAAUUAAAGAUAAUUCAAACGAAAUAAGUAAACAUUCCUUAAUUUUCUUAGACUCUCAAUGUAAAUGUUAAUGAUUAAAAGGAACUUGAGAUAAAAGCUUAAUUAAUUUAAGAAAAAUAAUCAAAUUAUGCUUCAAUCUUAUUAAAACUUAAAGAGAAAUAGUAGUAAAAUGAUUCUGUAUGCAAAUUACUAGAUGAAGGAGGUUAAUAGUAAUGGUUAAAGUUACGACAGUUAUUUGAUGUUGAUAUGAUUAAGAUGGCCAUCCCUUUUGAAAAAUUGAUAAGAAUUUAGUAAUUAUUGUUGAAAGAAUCUGAAAACUUAAUAUAAGUUGGAAAGUAUUAAUGUGUUUUGUAAGAGAAAAAAUAAUAUUUAAUAGAAGUUCAAUUAUAACCACAUUUAAUGAAUGUAGUUUUGUCUUUUGAUCAGAUUUUGUUAAACAUAAUCCAUUAACCAAAAGAUUUAUUAAUAUCUAAACAAGGAUUAUUAGUUUAAACCAUAAAAUGUUUAAAUAUUCUGCAUCAAAACUUUUGUUGUAUUAUUUAAAAUUUAAUUAAAUUAAAUUAUUCCUAAAAAUACUUUGAAGAAUAAUAAAAGGAAUUAAUCUAAAAUACAACUUAGGCUAAGUCAUUUUCUUAUAAUAAAAGCUAAUUGUUAAUUGAAAUUGAUAAAAUGAAAAAGUAACUGAAAGAGAUUCAAUCUUAAUUAUCUAAUUUUUAAAUUAUAGUUGAUUAAAUAUUGAAAAUGAAGUGCAAAAUCUCUUAACAAUGUAUUUAUAAGAUAAAGAAAUUUUUAUGAGAGAUAUCAAAUUUAAAUAUGGAAAAUAAUAUUAUGAUCAUAUGAUAAUGGAUUUGAAAUAAGAAUUUAAAAAAAUUUGUCUUGGAUAAUAAUUUGAUUAGAAAAAAAAAAUUGAAAAUAGUUAUAUAAGAAUGGAUGAGAUUCAAAAAUAAAUCAUAAAAAAUAAGGAUAAAAUAAUAGAACUAAUAAAAUAAUUAAAAGAACAUAGUAUUACUCUUUAAAAAAAUAAAUAAGAAGAUUCCUAAAUAGAUAAAAAAGAAUUUUUGUUUCAAUUAUAAAAUUUAAAAAUUAUAUUGCUUUAGCUCGAAAACAAAAUAUAGAAAAAAUUACAAAAUAAUUCAGAAUAAUUAUUGUAAGAUUUAUAAAUAGAGAUAAAUAAACUAAAAGAUUUUAUUGAUGAAAAUUUUGUAGUUUAAAAAUAAAGAAGUGAUUCAAUUGAUACAAUAAAGAAAACUUAAAAGUAUCAACACGGAAGAACACAAUUUUAAAUACCUAUAGUUUCAAAAUUAGGAUCAGAAAUAUGUGCUCCAAUUUAGAGUCCAAAAAAUGUUUAAUACCCAAUUUAAACAAUUUAAAAUCCUUGAGAGACAUAUGAUUCUUCUGAUGACCCAAUUUAAAUUGUAAAAAAACCAUUUUGUGAAUGGAAUAGUUAUCAAUUGAGUUUUAAUUAAAAUCAUUCGAAAUCAAUAUCAGGGAUAAGUGGAUAAGAAUAAUCAUUUAUAACAUAAAAAGAAAGUAGCUUACAUGGUUCGAUAUUAGAAGCAAUACAAAGCAAUAGAAAUAACAAAGCUGAAUUACAUUUAAUUGUAUUUUUACAAUUGAAUGAAUGUAGUAAAGUAUAUGAUCCAAUAAAAAAUGAAGAUCCAAUAAAUUAUGGUUAUAGAUUGUAUAGAAUAGAUGGCUAAUUUAAUGUAAAAAAUUGAAUUAUAAAAGAUAUUUAGUUCUGAAGAGAAUGAAAAUAUGAAUAUUAUUAAAAAUUUGAAAAGAGACUUGAAGUGAAAAAAGUGAUUUUGGUAAUGAUGAAAUGUGAUAAUAGGAUGAUUGUAGUUAGAAUGCUUUGAAAUUUAGAAUGAUUUAUGAACCAUAGAUGAGAGGAAUAGUUUAAGAUAGUUUGGCAUUAAAACAUUUAAAUAUGAAACAUCUACCAUUCAAAUUAUAAGGAAAUUCAAUAAUAAUUAAUGGAUUAUGUUUAAAUGAGUAAGACUUAAUUAAAUUAUAAUUGCUAUUUAAGUAAUGA